AUUGCAAAUUCCCGGACUGCUAGGAGAGCAGCAGGGGGGCGGAGGAGAGAGGGCUGCUGCGGGCGCGCAGGGGGCGCGCGGGGGCUCGAGGAGCUGCCGCCGGGUCGGGCUGGAGCAGCUCGCGGGCCGUUCGGGCUGGGGUGGCCUCACCAGGAAGCGUCAGAAUCUCGACACCGGGGGAGCUCGGAGCGCCGCCUCCCGCCCGGCUCCGGUCCCGAGCCCCCUCCCCUCUCAGUCGGGCGCUCUCCUCGCUCCUGGACGCUCCUGCUCCGGCGCCCUCCCGGCGAUGGCUGGCCGCUGAGGCAUGGCUCAGCACGGCCACCCCAGCCCGCUCGGCAUGGCUGCGAGAGAGGAGCUGUACAGCAAAGUCACCCCGCGGAGGAACCGCCAGCAGCGCCCCGGCACCAUCAAGCACGGCUCGGCGCUGGACGUGCUGCUCUCCAUGGGGUUCCCGAGAGCCCGCGCACAAAAAGCCUUGGCAUCCACAGGAGGAAGAAGUGUUCAGGCGGCAUGUGACUGGUUGUUCUCACACGUGGGCGACCCCUUCCUGGACGACCCGCUGCCCCGAGAGUACGUGCUCUACCUCCGCCCCACGGGACCCCUGGCCCAAAAGCUCUCCGACUUCUGGCAGCAAUCAAAGCAGAUCUGUGGGAAGAACAAGGCACACAACAUCUUCCCCCACAUCACCCUCUGCCAGUUCUUCAUGUGUGAAGACAGCAAGGUGGACGCCCUGGGGGAAGUCCUGCAGACCACCGUCAGUCGCUGGAAGUGUAAGUUCUCGGCCCCACUUCCCCUGGAGCUCUAUACCUCCUCCAACUUCAUCGGCCUCUUUGUGAAGGAGGACAGUGCCGAGGUCCUCAAGAAGUUUGCUGCUGACUUUGCUGCGGAGGCUGCAUCCAAAACCGAAGUACAUGUGGAACCUCAUAAGAAGCAGCUGCAUGUGACACUGGCUUACCACUUCCAAGCGAGUCACCUACCCACCCUGGAGAAACUAGCCCAGAACAUUGAUGUCAAACUUGGGUGCGACUGGGUGGCCACCAUAUUCUCGCGGGACAUCCGAUUUGCUAACCACGAGACAUUGCAGGUGAUCUACCCUUACACCCCACAGAAUGACGAUGAGCUGGAGCUGGUGCCUGGGGACUUCAUCUUCAUGUCUCCGAUGGAGCAGACCAGUACCAGCGAGGGCUGGAUCUACGGCACCUCCCUGACCACUGGCUGCUCUGGGCUCCUGCCUGAGAACUACAUCACCAAGGCUGAUGAAUGCAGCACCUGGAUAUUUCAUGGCUCUUACUCCAUCCUGAAUACAUCGUCUUCCAGCACGCUCCCUUUUGGUGAUGGGGUGUUGGAGAGGCGGCAGUAUGAGGACCAGAGCCUGGGAGAAACAACACCCCUGACCAUCAUCUGCCAGCCCACGCAGCCUCUGAGGGUCAGCGGCCAACCCGGCCCUCAAAGGCGAUGCCUCUUCGUGUGUCGGCACGGCGAGAGGAUGGAUGUUGUGUUUGGCAAGUACUGGCUGUCCCAGUGCUUCGAUGCCAAAGGCCGCUACAUACGCACCAACCUAAACAUGCCUCACAGCUUACCUCAGCGGAGCGGUGGAUUCCGGGAUUACGAGAAAGAUGCCCCGAUCACCGUGUUCGGAUGUAUGCAAGCAAGACUCGUGGGUGAAGCCUUAUUAGAGAGCAAGACCAUCAUCGACCACGUCUACUGCUCCCCGUCCCUGCGCUGUGUCCAGACCGCGUACCACAUCUUAAAAGGUUUACAAAAAGAAAAUCACUUGAAGAUCCGUGUAGAACCUGGCUUAUUUGAGUGGACCAAAUGGGUUGCUGGGAACACAUUACCUGCAUGGAUACCUCCGUCGGAGUUAGCUGCGGCCAACCUUAGUGUUGAUACAACCUACAGACCUCACAUUCCAGUCAGCAAAUUAGUGGUUUCGGAAUCCUAUGACACUUACAUCAGUAGAAGUUUCCAAGUCACCAAAGAAAUAAUAAGUGAAUGUAAAAGUAAAGGAAAUAACAUCCUGUUUGUGGCCCAUGCAUCUUCCCUUGAAGCCUGCACCUGCCAACUUCAGGGCCUGUCGCCUCAGAACUCCAAGGACUUUGUACAGAUGGUCCGAAAGAUCCCAUACUUGGGAUUUUGUUCCUGUGAAGAAUUAGGAGAAACUGGAAUAUGGCAGCUGACAGACCCGCCCAUCCUUCCUCUUACCCACGGACCCACUGGGGGCUUCAACUGGAGAGAGACUUUGCUCCAAGAAUAGACCACAGCGUGGAUGACCAGAAAGGGCCCUGGGAAGCCUUGGGGAGGAGUGUCUAUUUGUGUGUUGAGUGACAGUGGGAAAAUCUGAACCACCUUCUAAGCAGAACGCUCAGAAUCAUUUAGCAUAUUUCUUAUCUGCUUUCAAGUUCUUCUGAUGAGAUGGAGUGAAUGAAGGAAAGACUUGAUUCAGGGAUAAAAUUCAUUCUCUCUGGACUAUUGCCCAGCUAACAAGGGUUUCCAGAAUUGUCUUCCUAAAUCAGGGCCUUCGCCACGGCAGAGGAUGCCUACUUUCCUCUGUCUCAUCAGGACUAAGGAACCUGUGCCUCCCAAGGGGGCUGCCUUUCCCCUUGCCAAAGGGAGAAGUGCACCCAGAAUCCAGCAAGGGCCCUGAGCUGCCAGUUUGGUGAUGGAAGCUUCUUUUUAAUGCCACGUUCCAGUAAAGCAAAGCCAGGCUGACAAAUUCUUUUAAGGCUAUUAAAGAAAAAACCUGCCCCCCAGCCCCCAGAUUCAUUCUUAGGUGACACAUCAAGUCCUGCCCUCCAAAUGCCCCUGCACCGUGCUGCUGGCUCCAGCGCCUGUUCCUGGACUCCGAGAUUUACCUGGUACCACCACACUUUCCUAGAGCGACUGGCUACAGCUUUUGGCUGCAGCCCUUCCCCUCUGCUGCAAUCUAUGAAAUGGGGAGACAAAGCACUUUGGAUACUCAGGAGGAGGAUAAAUGCGUGAAACGUUCCAUUCCAGGAACAAAGAACUUGCAAAACCUAAAGUGACUUGGCACUUGUAAAUCACCAGGAUCUGUUGGGCUUUGCCCCCAUCUAGCUGUCACUCAUUACGGAGGUUGACACUUUGCAAAGAUGUACGUUACAUGCACUGAGUCAGCCAGAAGCUCAUUCUCAAGCAGCACAGACACCUUUACAAACUGCACCGAGGGUCAGGCUGUUGUACACCCGGAGUACACGUCAACCGGAACAGAACAUUCACAGACGCAUCACUUAUACCAGGGAUGUAUGACGAAGUCAGGGAACUAAUUUAAAUGACAGUCACGACUGCACUGCUGCUUGUGCUGUCGUUCUUGUUUGUUUUUCUAUAAUAAUUUAAAUUUUAAGGAAAAUCGGGAGAGAGCCACAUCCAGUGGUUUCUCCUCAAACAUGCUUCCUGAAUUUAGAGGGAGUUAAUUUAAAAGAAAAAUAAAUGACAAUCAAGCCAAAACAUCAGUUAUCAAUGUCUAUUUAAUUGUGUGAUGAGCUGACUGCUGACAGCGCAGACAGCGAUCAGGCGGGGUAUGUAGUUCACUGUGUAGAAUCUGUGUGCAAAAUGAAAUCCUACCCACCUAACAGAAUGUUAGUGUUGAGCAAAUCAAUAUAUAUUGCAGCAUCGAGAAAGCUUCAAAGCCCAGAUGCAUAAAACAUACGGUAUAUAAAAAUAGAUCUGUGCUCUUAUUUGCAACUAGAAUUUCAUGAUCCCUGAAAAGAGGAGGAAGUAAAAGGUUGCUGACUGUGUAUGUUAAUCAGCAAGAGGAUAAUAGUUGGAGUUUUUUUUUAAGACACUUAGAGAAAGAAGUCAUGAAUUUUAUAUUUUAAGAAACAAAUCUUGAUUUCUUCUAGCACUGCACAGUGAUCCAGCUUCUGGGUAUAAAAAUAAUUCUCUCUUGACAUCAUUGAUUAACAUCAAAGUUUUAACCUUAAAAUGGAGAAAACAACUUCCAUUAAAAGGUUUUAAGAAAAAAGUGACAUAGCAGUAAAUGUCACUGCCAUUCAUUCUCUUAUCUGUAAUGAAGUGACUCCACUGUUUAAUCAGAUCUAUAAUAUCUACUAGAUUCUACACAAGUUUUCAAGGACUUUCAGUGCUCAGAGUAAUGCUUGCCACAUCACAUCAGAUGUCCUUGGAAACUGUAGCACUGCAUUCAGACAAGUCUGUGCUUGUAUAGAACAAAAGUUCAGAGAAGUUAUCUCUCUCUCUCGGUUGUCUUAGUCCAAUGAUAACCUGACAGGUCAUUUCAGCUGAGCUACAAUCCACUGUCCUUAGCCCAAUAUGGACUGAACCUUAGAUCAUGGUCUACUUGAGCAAAAAUAGGCAGAGAUAGGGAAGUCUGAGUAAUGUAGGUAAAAAAAAAAAAAAAAAAAAACCCUCGAGUGAAAUAAUCUAGCCUAUGUUUAAAUUGUCCAGAUUAUUAUCAUGGACAAUUAUAAUUUAAUGUGAAUCACCUGAAUUCAUGUUAAAUUCUUUUUCACACUUAUUUGAAAAAUUACAAUGGGAUGCCAAUUGAGAAAAAUCUUUGGAAAUUUUGUUGAAUUGAUGUGUGAUAAAAGGAAUAGAUAACUGUAUUACAUGGUUUCAUAUUCAUCCAGAAAUUCCAGGUUGAUAUUACAACUUGAAGUUGAAGCUGGUUCUUUUUGAUCUGUGACUGAUGCUUAUUAAGAACAAAUGUGUUGGACAAGGAAGGAAGAAAACGCCAGAUAAGAAGAACUAAAUUGUUUCUGAUAGACUGGAGUUUUUUGUUUUUUGGUUGUUUUUUUUUUAAUGCAGAAGGUUAUCUGAAAUAAACUAAGUGAGAGAAAAUUAGCUAGAGGAUUUAAUCUAGAAUUGAAAGUCUGAAACAGCUUGCUGUUUGCACAAGUGUGCCACAUCAACCAUUAAUGCUCCAGUAUUAUUCAUAGAUAGGACUUUGCUUUGGGUGAUUUUAAAAUGCUACAUCUAUUCCUCUGUGGAUGAGAAUAAUUGGCACAUUUUAAUGCACAAGCUGGGGGAUUCAUUUUCCCAGGCUCUCUUCUCCAUCACUGCACUGGUAGCUAGGAGCUUUUUGCUUCACCCCAGUAUGGAGUUCAGAAUACAGUGUUUCCCAUUACAUUUAGAUUCAGAGAAUCUGAAUGGCUGAUUAAAUGGCCAUCUGAUGGCCGAAAAAGGGGGGUGGUCUUUUUCACCCUUUAGUGAAAGGCUGGGAGGAGUUUCUACUUUUUAUUUUAAUUAUACUUUAACCAAAGAAUUAUUUUAAAGCAACCUUAUAUUUGAAAGAUGAUUUUGCAAAAAAUAAAAAUAAAUAAAAAAUAUCUUCUGGAGUGAUGUUGAUUUGGUAAUUCAUUGUUAAUAACUUUCUUGCAUUUUAGACUGAUGUUAUCAUCUACCUGUCAGUGGUAUCUGGAAUACAUAUAGAUUGUCAUCUAAUUGUACAUAUAUGUAUCUUUUCCAUUCAACCAGCUGUGUUGGUAUUAAACAAAGUCUCUUAUUUCAAUUACCUAGUGUCAUUGGGAACUAAUUAAACUACAGUGAGAAAAGUUUGGUCCAGUUGCCUUGGCAGCAAAAAGGGGAGGCACUCUCCCCGAACCUAGGCACUCUGCCACUCAGUGUUUAAAUUGAAAGCAGUGAUGAAUUGCUCUUUGGAAUUUACUCUAAGUGACGCGUGUGCUGGAAUACAGAUUAGCCUCCUCUAAUUUCACAGGCACAGUCACAACUGUACUGUGUCUGCACAAACUUCUCAGAUAAUGAGACACAGGGUUAUUUGCAUUUAAAUUGUAGGCCAGUACACAUGUGAGAACUCGGAGGCCUCAGUCCCGCCUGGCCUGGAGGGAUGUGGCUGGCGUAGAAGGGUGGGCAAAAGAGCCAUUUAACAUUUAUCUAGAUUAACGUUCACUUUACAGAGAUGAUGGGGGGAUAUUUGUUAGGUGCUGGCAGAUGCUUUUCAUGUUUAAACAUAAGAUUAAAAUUGGAUUUGCUUCUCUUUAAUACUUCAACAUAUUGAAUUUUCCUAAGAAAGUAGCUAGUUAUAAUGAAAAUUCAAGAGAAGGGGAAAAAGUUGCCUCUAAAUGCAGGGGAAAUAAUGAUUUUUAAAUACACAGAAAAUUAUGUUCAGUGUAUGUAGGUUUGAAAUGAGGAUUAGUCUAACUUAAUAUGCAUUCAGUUCUCAGAAAUGUUUUUUGCACAAUACCUCAGCUGCCAUGCCACAAGAAUCAAAAUUUUGCAGCUGUUCAACUAUUCCUGGACUCUGUACAGGGAAAUAUGUAUGAUGGGAAACAUGUAUUGCUUCUUUCUUUGGUUGAGACAUCCAAAGUGUUUUAGUUUUGCAUAGACCAUUCUAAACCUGUUUGGGGCGGUGCUUUGGUUUCUUAUUUAUAAGGCUGAUGUAUCAUCUUUUUUUUCCUAUGUGAUUUGAGUGUAUUUAUUUGAAGAAAAGGGUUUGUAAUUAUUAAACCACACCUAACUGUAUUGCCAAAUUCCUUGUAAACUACUUGUGGCCUUUGUGCUUUCCUGGCCAACCUUUUCAGGUACAGCUGUGGUGCCAGUGUGAUUAGUUCAUUCCAUCCCAUUUAAAUGGUUCAUAGAUGAUUUAAUAAAGUAAAACUGUGUUCCUCUUCG